UAGCCUCUGGACUUGUGGCUAUUAUAGGUGAACCUAUACAGAACUAUGUCUGAGGAUAAAAAACCAGUCACAAGCGCGGAACUAUAUCAAGCCUUGAUAACUAGCUGCAAAUGUAAUAAAAAUUUCAUAUUCCCUUUCGAAAGUUACCAGGCAAAUAAAUGGAGACCAGAGAAUAUUUUUCAGAACUGUUUCAAACACUAUUCAACUUUCACUAAGAUCUUCAGAUGUUCCAGAGUGUAUGCAUCUGAUGGUAAGAGGGUGGAAACUCCUACCCCUGAAAAAAAAGAACUGUUUGAUUUGGACAGUAGCGCAAAGGAAUUUUCCCCAGAAAUUGAAGCUAUGGCCAGAAUUUACAUCGAUCAAGAAACUGGGUAUGAUCGAGUCAAGUCAAUGUUUAAAAAUGACUUGAGAGGACAACCCAGUAUAGAGGUUAGAUUUAUAAGCAUUACCCUGAUGCAAAUUUUCGUUGUAACCUUCCUUAUGAAGUAUGUACCUGAAUGGAAACUAAGUAAAGAAGAGUUUAUACGCCAGCACAGGGGGACAGUAUUCAGGACACGACUGCAGGCCAUUAGAAUGAUGCAGGACCAAAUAUCCUUCAAUGCAAUCCUCAAAGGAAUUCAGUUUUCUACAAGGAUGGCCAUAUUCUCUGCUUCCUUUUUAUACGUAUCCCAGUGUAUAGCCUCAUACAGAAACAAAACAUCUGUAAUGGAGUAUUCCAUAGCUGGAGGUUUGACAGGUGGAUUAGCCAGGUUCCAUCUUGGCCUGAAAGGCUUUGUGUCCGGAUUCUGUGUCGCUGGUUUUCUGGGGUCUCUGGUUGGUGCUGUUACCUAUGCAGUGUUGAAUUCCACGGGCUUUGACCAGGCUUCCAGACAUUUGCUGGACACCAUGUCCAAUAUAGAGAAUGAAAGGGUUCUUAUUGGAGAGACUGCAUUUCUAGAGAAAAUGGCUAGAUUAGUACAAUCUAAACCACAGGAAUCUAGUGUGUGAUCACAAGAUGGUCUGGAUUAGAAUUGUGUUUAUGUAAACUGAAAUACUCUUAGACCUUUGUAGAUAUAAAUUUUAAUAAAAAAUAUGAAUAUUUGUUUUCA